GCAAAAGUGAGCUUCGCACUAAAGUCAAUUCAAUCUUCCUAUUUUGGGGAUAAUUUCGUCAGUUUUGUGCAAAUUUUAGGGAAGCCACAAUAGAAAACUUCGAGGAAAUGACAUAAAACCUCCGAAAUUCUACCAGGUUUGUGGAACACACUUUAAAGAAAAUUUCCAUACUCCCUACGACUUCGAGGAAAACAUCUAAGUUCUCCAAAGGUUCCCCAAGAUAAGGAGAUUAAGCGUAUAUUUCGUCCAUAUACUUUACUUCUGCUGAAAUACUUAAUUAGAAAUAAUUCGUACUUUGUUUCCUAUUAGAUGGUAUUUUGCUUUCUAACUCACAACAACGCACGAUUUAAGAAACAAGUUCCUCUUACAUUGGUUAUCUGUUGAUAUUCAGGAAUACACUUACUUUCAAUAUAAACAACAUCUAACGUAUACUUCAUAGCAUUAAUAAAUGUUCUUAUCACGACUAGAGCAAAUUUACCUUAGGCGUUCUAAUAAUCCAAGCUCUAGAAAAGGACUUGCGUCUCUGCGAUGCGCAAGAACAUAUUCCGUUGCGAUGGAUCCUGAAUGGAUGGAACUGGCUAAGAAGGAAUUGAAAGGCAAGGAUCCAGAAACUCUGGUGCAUGAAAACUAUGAGGGUAUCAACUAUAAACCACUUUAUUCAAAUGAAGAUAUAGCUGGACUAGUGAAAGAGGUUCCGGGAAAAUUCCCAUUUACUCGAGGUCCGUAUGCUACUAUGUAUACUCAGAAACCUUGGACUAUCAGACAAUAUGCAGGAUUUUCAACUGUGGAAGAAAGCAAUAAAUUCUAUAAAGAUAACAUUAAGGCUGGGGUUCAAGGUCUUAGUGUUGCCUUUGAUUUAGCUACACAUAGAGGUUAUGAUUCAGAUAAUCCUCGUGUGCAUGGUGAUGUUGGCAUGGCAGGUGUUGCUAUUGAUACCGUCAAUGAUAUGGUUAGAUUAUUCGAUGGCAUUCCUUUAAACAAGAUUAGUACGUCAAUGACUAUGAAUGGUGCUGUGCUUCCUGUAUUGGCUUUUUUCAUUGUUGCAGCAGAAGAACAAGGUGCGAAACAAUCGGAAUUAGCGGGAACUAUUCAAAAUGAUAUAUUGAAAGAAUUUAUGGUUAGAAAUACAUAUAUUUUUCCACCGAAACCAUCAAUGAGAAUUAUUAGUGAUAUAUUUGCUUAUACAGCCAAAAAUAUGCCCAAAUUUAAUUCAAUCUCCAUUUCCGGCUAUCAUAUGCAAGAAGCCGGUGCAAGCGCUGUCUUAGAAAUGGCUUAUACUAUCGCUGAUGGUAUUGACUAUUGCCGAUUAGGUGUUAAUCAUGCUGGUUUAAAUAUCGAUGCUUUUGCUCCACGUCUGUCAUUCUUCUGGGGUAUUGGAAUGAAUUUUCAUAUGGAGAUUGCUAAAAUGAGAGCCGCACGACGAGUUUGGGCGAAAUUAAUAAAGGAGAAAUUUCAAGCGAAAUCACCUAAAUCUUUGCUACUUCGUGCUCAUUGUCAAACCUCUGGAUGGUCAUUAACAGAACAGGAUCCGUACAAUAAUAUUAUUCGUACUACUAUCGAAGCAAUGGCUGCUGUAUUCGGUGGAUGUCAAUCAUUGCAUACAAAUUCAUUUGAUGAAGCACUUGGACUGCCAACAAAAUUUUCUGCACGUAUUGCUCGUAAUACACAAAUUAUUAUUCAAGAGGAAACAAUGGUUACUAAAGUUGCUGAUCCAUGGGCUGGUUCAUUUAUGAUGGAAAAGUUGACAGCAGAAUUAGAAGCAGCUGCUUUAAAAGAAAUUGAAGAAAUUGAACAUAUGGGUGGAAUGGCUAAAGCUAUUGAAUCCGGUAUUCCAAAAUUACGUAUUGAAGAGUGUGCAGCUAAACGACAAGCGGCUAUCGAUUCCUGUCAAGAGGUUAUUGUUGGUGUGAAUAAAUAUAGAUUGGAGAAAGAAGAACGUGUAGAUGUACUCGUAGUAGACAAUACUAAAGUUCGUGAAUCCCAAAUUGCAAAACUUAAAAAAGUUCGCGCUGAACGUGAUCAAUCGAAAAGUUUUAUCUUGUUCUCAGGCUGAUUUAUGCUUAGAAGCAAUCACUGAUGCCUGUUCAAGUGAUGAUCGUAGUCAAAAUCUAUUAGCAUUAUGCAUUGAAGCUGCUCGAGCACGUUGUACCCUUGGUGAGAUAACUGAUGCAAUGGUUAAAGUAUUUGGUCGUCAUCAAGCCACUGGCCAUAUUGUUUCAGGUGCAUACAAAAGUCAAUUUAGUGCAGAUGAGGAAUGGAAGCAAGUUAUCAAUGCUGUCGAUACAUUUGCACAUGCUGAAGGACGUCGACCACGCAUCCUUAUAGCGAAACUUGGUCAAGAUGGACAUGAUCGUGGUGGCAAAGUAAUUGCUACUGGAUUCUCUGAUUUAGGCUUUGAUGUUGAUGUCGGUUCAUUAUUCUC